AUGGCGCUGCUGGGUUCCGACGGCCGCGGAGAAACCGGCGUCCUCCCGCCAGCCUUCCCGCGCAAACCUCGCAAUGCCUCUCGCCGGAACCCCUGCGUCACGGGCAUCGCCGCUCUGGUGCGGCUCCUGCGGGCCUUGCUCUGCCCGAUAGCCGGCUGCCACAAGCGGUUCCGGGGCGCCUUCGCCCUCUUGCGGCUCAUGCCCAUCGUUGUCGAGCUCAUCGUGCUCGGCUGGGAGUACCACACGUACGUGCUGGUGAUGUGCCGCCACCUGCUUGCGGGCAGCGGCCUGGCCUACAGGCUCUCGCGCCUAGUCGGCUUCCACGUCACGCUGUUCGGCGCGCUGUGGCCCUUCGAACGGCUGCUGCGCACGCCGCUCAAGCCGGUGCCCGUAUGCUUCUACGUGAUGCAGCGCAAGGACAGCGACGACCAGCGCUACUGUUACCGCUGCCACGUGAUCAAGCCGGACCGGUGCCACCACUGUCAGAUGUGCGGCGCGUGCGUGCUCAAGAUGGACCACCACUGUCCCUGGUUCAACACGUGCGUCUCGUUUGCCAACUACAAGUACUUCAUCCUGUUCCUCUUCUACUCGUUCGUGCACUGCACCUACGUGUCCUGGACGACGUUCCCCCACUUUGGCAUCACGCCGCGCCUCAUCCUGGGCUUCUGGCCCGAGCUCAACAUCACCUACCUCUUCCUCCUGUCGCUAUUCUUCGGCCUGGCCUUCUUCGGUCUACUGCUCUACCACCUGUUCCUCCUGUGCUUCAACUGCACCACGCUGCAGAUGAUUGCGCGGCAGGGGAUUCGACGCUACGACGUCGGCGUGUGCAGGAACAUCGAGCAUGUUAUGGGACCGCACAAGCUGCUCUGGCUCGUUCCCGUCUACACCAGCCUCGGAGACGGAGCAGUCUUUCCCCUGCGCUCGGACAUCGCCAAAUAG